AUGGCUUCCAAACCUCUCCAGCGGUCGAAGUCGGAUGACCUCGCGGAAGUAGUAGACCCUCCUCCACCUUAUACACUGAUUGCAGAAUCAGGAUCCAGCACAGUACAAGAUGACGGUCGCAUCGACGUGGAUCUCGACUCUCCCGCGGCAAGAACUGCUCUCAAGUUUAUCCCCCGGCCCAGUGAAGACGAUUUAAUAAGCCCGCCGCCAACCUACUCGGGACCAGUAAUAUGCGAUAUCAAACUCAACAUUGUGAUUCAUGUCGUUGGGAGCCGAGGUGAUGUUCAACCUUUUAUUGCAUUGGGGAACGAAUUGCAAAAGCAUGGCCAUCGAAUACGAUUAGCAACACACGAUGUAUUUCAUUCCUUCGUUCGAAAGUCGGGUCUGGAGUUCUAUCCGAUAGGCGGCGAUCCUGCAGAACUCAUGGCAUUUAUGGUGAAGAACCCAGGUCUCAUCCCAAACAUGAAGAGUCUGAAGGCAGGCGAGAUCACACGAAAGCGGGUGAUGGUCCGAGAGAUGCUGGAAGGAUGCUGGAAGUCUUGUAUCGAGGAUGACCCUGGCACGGGGGCCCCGUUCGUGGCCGACGCUAUCAUUGCAAACCCUCCCAGCUUUGCGCAUGUCCACUGUGCUCAAGCCCUAGGUGUUCCUCUACACUUGAUGUUCACGAUGCCUUGGAGUUCGACAUCUGAGUACCCUCAUCCGCUAGCCAAUUUGAAAUACUCGGGGAAUAACGCGAGCUUCGCAAAUGCCGUUUCGUACGGAGUCGUGGAGUGGAUGACCUGGCAAGGACUUGGCGACGUGAUCAACGACUGGAGAGAAACUAUUGAUCUCGAACGGGUUCCGCUCACGGAAGGGCCGAGCCUUGUGCAGACACUCAAAGUGCCAUUCACAUAUUGCUGGUCUCCAGCUUUGGUACCCAAGCCCAAGGAUUGGCCGUCUUACAUCGAUGUCUGCGGCUUCUUCUUUCGUGAGUUGCCGAUAUAUACCCCUUCGUCUGAACUAGAUGCAUUCCUCCGAGCCGGCCCACCGCCUGUGUAUAUCGGCUUCGGUAGCAUCGUCAUUGAUGAUCCCCCGCGGCUCACUUCGAUUCUCGAGAAAGCCGUCCGAGCGGUCGGGGUUCGUGCAAUUAUCUCACGAGGGUGGAGUAAUCUCGGGGGUUCCUCAUCAGAAGACAUCUUGUAUAUCGGCGACUGCCCUCACGAAUGGCUUUUUCAACACGUAUCAGCUGUGGUACAUCAUGGUGGUGCGGGGACAACAGCAUGUGGCCUACGCUUCGGGAAACCUACCGCCAUUGUGCCCUUCUUUGGAGAUCAGCCCUUCUGGGGUAAGAUGAUCGCGGCGUCUGGUGCUGGUUCCGAGCCAAUCCCACAGAAGACUUUGACGGCUGAAAACCUCGCUGAGGCAAUCCGACACUGUCUCACUCCUCAAGCAAAGGAGGCUGCGAAAGACAUUUCUAUAAAAAUGCAAUACGAGUCGGGUGUCAAAGCCGCUGUGGAAUCCUUCCAUCGAAAUCUCCCAUUGGACCGCAUGCGAUGCCAGGUAAUUCCCGAUCAGCCCGCGUCGUGGAUAUACAGAAAGUCCGCCAAACCCAUCUUUCUCUCCAAAUUAGGCGCUCAGAUUUUACUGGACCACUUGCGCAUUGAGUCUAAGAACCUACAGUCCACAACUUCAGCAACGAUAGGGUAUGGCACCGAUAUGCUGAGAGCCACAUCGGAUAUGUUUAUGAAACCGUACCAAGAGCUAAAAGGCCGAUCCAAUACAACUCCAGCAGCAACCAACACCGAAGAUUCUCUUUCCAAGGUCGACUCACAGACCACAACUGCUAGUGGCAAGAACAAGGUCGACUGGGAUGCCACAGGAGCGGCUAUAGGUGCCGGGGCGGCAGGAUUUGGCAACUUUAUGAAGCAUGUUUACAGGGGAGUGAUUGUCGACAUUCCGCUGGCUGCUACGGAGGGCCUCCGGGCCGUGCCACGUCUAUAUGGUGAAGAGGUGGAAGACUAUGCUAUUCGCGACUGGAAAAGCGGUGCUAUCGCAGGUGGCAAGAAUUUUACUCAAGGGAUGCGAGAAGGCUUCACCGAUAUAUUCACGCAGACCCACAAGGGAGCCAAGGAAGAGGGUGCAGUGGGAAUGGCUAAAGGGUUCCUCAAAGGAACAAUUAGCAUCAGCACCAAAGUACCAUCAGCUGCAAUUGGUCUCGUUGCCUAUCCAGCCCAUGGAAUAACCAAGAGCCUACACACGGUUAUCAAGUCAAAGACGAGGAAACAAAUCGUCCAAGCGCGACUUCAGGAGGGCCAAUAUAUCGCACGAAAGGUUGUGAAGCCUGAAAUCGAUCAUGCCUUGGUAAUGCAGAGCUUCGAUGCUCUGAAGAAUGCGGGAAAAGGCUGA